GAAAAAGCGGAAACGAGCGCGAGUGACAGAAAAUGCCCAGAUCAUCAAAUGGCUCGAGGAACCGAAAGCUGGAAAGCAGCUUCGCAUAAGCGCUUGCCUCAAAACAAGAAUAAACCCCAGAAGACAUCGCAACGCAAGCAGACUGAGAAUGAGAGUGAGACCGAGCAAGCAGUUUCAACUGUUCCUUUGGCGCUGCAGCAGAAAUGUUUGAAUAUUUUUCGGGAUGCUUUGAAGUCUUCGGGAGAGAAUGAUGAUGAUACGGUUUUGUUGCAAGAAGUCAAAGGCCAUUUGUAUCGACGGGAUUUUGCAAAGGCUUUUGGGAAGGAUGAGUAUUUGAACGUUUAUGCUAAGAGGUGGAGUCCUAGUCGAGCUUUGGGGUAUUUGCAGAUUUUCAGUGAUUUGCAAGAGAACAUUUGUCAGGGACGAGAAGAGGACGAGGGAGGAGUGCUCAAGGUGGUUUGUUUGGGAGGUGGUGCUGGUGCUGAAUUGGUUGCGCUUGCUGCUUGGUUGUCUGAACGAAGAGGAGACGAACCGGAUGCCAGGAUUUCAGCAUUGUUUCUGGAUAUCGCUGCAUGGGGUCCUACGGUUUCGAAUUUGCGAGGAGCUGUUGUAAGUCCGCCGGUCCUGUCACAAUACGCUUCCGCAGCUGCCAAGGCAGCGAAUGUCGCGUUACUUCCGGAGGAUGCGUUCGCGGCCACUUUCCAAGAAGCUGACGCACUGGACCUGGACGAUUCGCAAAGCAAGGCAAUCUACGAGAACACAGAUCUCAUAACACUCCUUUUCACACUCAACGAACUCUACUCGACUUCCGUCCCCAAGACACAGAAAAUGCUCGCGAAAAUCACAGAAGCGACACAACCUGGAGCACAUCUUUUAGUUGUGGACAGUCCUGGAAGCUACUCGACUGUUUCGAUCAAUGAAGCUGAGAAGAAGUAUCCUAUGCAAUGGCUGCUUGAUCAUACGCUUCUUGGCACACAACAGAAGCGUGGUGAAGAAGAGACACCAGCGAAGUGGGAGAAGGUCGUUUCGGAUGAAUCUAGAUGGUUCAGGUUGCCUCAAGGACUGGAGUAUCGUAUGGAGCUGGAGAAUAUGCGGUACCAGAUUCAUUUGUAUCGGCGAGCGAAUGAUGAGGUCAAGAGUGAAGAGGAUUGAUGUUAUGCUGGAUUCUGCAAAAACUGCUCAACAACAACCAUUGCUGAACAACCCUCGUGUUGCAGUAUCAUGGCCGCAAUGCUUCAAGGCUAAUCAUUAAACGGGCAUUCAUUUAUACGAUGAAGCAGUCGGAUUCAAACGCUCUAUCGCCAGAGCACAAUGUGUGAGGGAAAGCAGAAGCGUCUCAAAAAGAAGAGCUCGAUUCGAGCUGCCGGGAUCCUGGUGACUGGCGAGCAACGCACCUCGACAAGACUCCAAUAAUCAAGAUCCAGCAUAGCAUCAUCUGCAAUCGUCAGAUCACGCUCCUGUGCUCCGUCCGUAUGUGGUUCUUGCACUCGUUUGGUUCGAUGUGGGGCUAAGCCGAGUAUGGUGCAUACCCAAUGGUAUAGCUCUCAGCCACAUGCGCAAGAUCUCUGCAGCUUUGUCCGCACGAAGGCCAUCAUAUAAGGCCGCUUCAUAAUCCGACUGGUAGAGGACCAUGCACAGCCUGCUCCCGAACAACGUUGCUCAGCUACGCGCAUGGAGUAUUUGAG